AAAAUAUGGAUAUUAGGGUCAAUUUCGUCAUUUUUGUGCGGUUCCUUGUUCCUUUUCAGUUCGUAACCGCUUCUACCCUGGAGUCAGAAGCCACCGUCUCUUGAGUGACAGCCCAGAUCACUUGAGAAACACUAAACUGAACUGCAGUAAAUCUGCCUGGGAUGACCUUCUCGGGUGCCUCUUCUUCCUCCAUGAUUCGUCUCAAUAUCGGAGGAAAGAAAUUUUGCACUACAGUGGAUACCCUAACGCAACGUGAGCCUGACUCAAUGCUUGCUGCAAUGUUCAGUGGCCGGCACACUCUCUGCCAGGACCCAGAAAAGGGAUAUAUUUUCAUUGAUAGAGAUGGAAAGCACUUCCGACAUAUUCUAAAUUGGUUGAGGGAUGGGAUUGUUCCCAAUCUGAAAGAUUUUGAGUAUUCUGAACUUUUGCGGGAGGCAGAGUACUACCAAAUUCUUGGACUGGCUGAUGGGAUUACAGCUGCACUAUUUAAGAUGAAAGAGGAAGAGGAGUUGGUGUCUGAAUUGACACGCACUGAUAUCAUCAAAUGCAUACAGUCUGAAAGAGUCAGAUUCCGUGGGGUUAAUCUUUCUGGCCUCGAUCUAUCUAAAUUGGACAUGUCCUUUGUGGACUUCAGCUAUGCAUGCCUUAAACGUAUAUUCUUUUCACGGGCCAACCUUCAAUGUGCACAAUUCAAGGAUGUAGAUGCUGUGGAUUCCGUUUUUCAUAAUGCCACUCUACGCGAAUGUGAUUUUACAGGAGCAAAUCUGAGCAGAGCGGUUUUAGCGGGUGCAAAUCUCCAAAGUGCAAACUUACAAGAUGCCUGCCUCAUUGACUGCAGCUUUUGCGGCGCAGACCUGCGGUCAGCACACCUGCAGACUGCUGAUCUAACCAAUGCCAACUUGGAAGGAGCCAAUUUGGAAGGGGCCAAUCUGAAGGGUGCAAAGUUAUCAAAUGCCAAUCUAAAGGGUGCAAAUCUUCAAAGAGCUUAUCUCCGACAUGUCAAUCUUCGUGAGACACAUCUCGAAGGUGCAAGGCUUGAUGGAGCCAACCUACUGGGAGCAAUCAGAUGACCAGUCAUGUUGCUUGACACUCUUCCAGAUUUCGCAUCUGAGAGUGCUAUUCCUUUUACCCCCUAAUGGUAUGAAAUUUAGGACAGGGCAGGGUGGAUGGUACAUAUUGUUAAAUAUAUUUACAAGGAACUAAAUUAUACUCCGUACUAAAGUAGGGUGGGGUUUAGUAUUGUCUAAAAAUAGUUCGAAAAAGGAGAGGAGGCAAGAUGGUUGAAGAUCUCCUUAUUGGCGGUUUCGUCUGGGAUUCUUGUUUAUUUUUAUUUAAAUAGCACCAAAAAGUCUACGGGUUUGUUAUCCUUCCCUAGUCACACCCACCGUCUGUGGCAGGUCUUUGCUAGGCGCCUAAGGGAGUUGUUGGGUCAAGUGUUGUAUCUGCCAUUAUGCAAAGAGAUUUGUUCAUUUUCUGCCAUUCUGCAUCCCAAUCUUUUAAUUGUAUUUCUGCACCUAUAAAUGAACUUUAGAGACAUAACACAUUCUUAGUUGAAAUUUACCUUCAUUCCUUUUUAGAUGCAAAUUCAUUUAUUAAGUCAUUAUAUA